AUGACAAACAAACCACAUAAGCUUUUCUACAAAGGAGUCGACAACGAUUUCGUCAUCUUUGUUGAUGACUUUUCGUUAUAUGAAAAAUUCAGAAAGGGAGACACCACCAUCCCCCUCAUUGACAUUGUCUCGGUGUUCAAGGUGUUCAUCAACAGGCAAGGUGGUGUUGAUGGUAUAUUAGAUGAAGCCUCGAAACAAGAUUUGACAAAUAACUUCAAGACUAGUAAUGUUGAUGAAGUCAUCAAAGUCAUCUUGGAAAAGGGAAGCGAUAAACACAAUGCUGAAGUUGACAACGGUAUCGCUUCGCAUAACGACAGUAUUGGUGCUGGUAAUACUGGUAAUUAG